CGCCCUGCAGCACACAGGGACUAAACAGUUUACAACCAGAGUACGCGUUGAGCAGUCGAGGCUGAUUAGAGCACAUUACAGCCAUGGGUAAGGAUCCUACUAAACCCAGGGGAAAGACGUCCUCUUACGCCUUCUUUGUGCAAACCUGCCGGGAGGAACAUAAAAAGAAAAAUCCAGGGACCUCGGUGAACUUUUCAGAGUUCUCCAAGAAGUGUUCUGAAAGAUGGAAGACCAUGUCCUCUAAGGAGAAGGGCAAAUUUGAAGAAAUGGCCAAAACUGACAAGGUCCGCUAUGAACGGGAGAUGAAAACUUAUGUGCCUCCUAAAGGUGCAAAAGGAGGGAAAAAGCAGAAGAAAGACCCAAAUGCUCCUAAGAGACCACCAUCGGCUUUCUUUGUCUUCUGCUCUGACCAUCGCCCGAAGAUUAAGGGUGACAACCCUGGCAUCUCUAUUGGUGACAUUGCAAAGAAACUUGGGGAAAUGUGGUCCAAGCUUUCACCAAAGGAAAAGUCUCCAUAUGAGCAGAAGGCCAUGAAGCUCAAGGAGAAGUAUGAAAAGGACGUUGCUGCAUAUCGCGCCAAAGGAGCAAAAGCAGAGGGUGGCAAGAAGGGUGGACCUGGCCGGCCAGCAGGAAAAAAGGUGGUUGAUGAUGAUGAUGAUGAUGACGAAGAAGAGGAGGAUGAGGAAGAAGAGGACGAGGAGGAUGAGGAUGAUGAUGACGAUUAAACUAUCAGGAGAACUUGAGCUGAGUUGUUUGCAAAACAAUGUGAAUGCAUUUAAAUUUCUCAAGACAUGUACAGAAAUGUGUAUAAUUGAAUACAUAUUGAGGUCAUGUGCUGUUUUGUAAAUGUAACAGCUUUUUUUUUUAAGCACUGCUUUUUGUCUUGAUAGCUGUGGUUGCUUGUUUUCUUUCCCUGUUUCAUAUUAUUUCUACUGCCAUUUUAAGACAAAUGAGGAACAAUUUGUGUAGUGUCUCAAUUUUUAAAAUGAGCUUUAAAAGUUGUGUAGACUGAAGUCUUUUUUUGUUUAUUAAAUUUUUUGUAUAUUAUGACCAGUUUCCCUUUCCACUGUGUGCAAUUUUGACUUCAUUUGACUUAUUAAAGAUUUUUUCAGAAUUUGUU